UAAAGUCUAGCCUGCAAACUUCCUUCAUCCUCUCAGCCUCCCACCUGCCAGUUUUUCCGGCACACCCUUUUCUGAGACACACCCUGAAGUUUCUGAGCCAAGUACUGCCUGGAGUGAGAUUGAAGCAGAAAUAAUUUUUCAUAAAAGCUGGUAUGAAGAAAAUAUUUUUCUUUGUCAUCAUUAAAGGAAGAGAAAACAGAGGCCGGAUGUUUUCUACCAUGAAUUAUCAUAAUUUCUUCUUAUUUAAGUAGAAGAAAAUUGCAAGACAACUUGGGGAGAGAAAGAGUAAAGAGAGGGAAAGAGAGGAGAGACAGCACAGCAUUGCUUUACCAUCCACGGAGUUCCCCCUGUUCUAGCCAUGGUGCUCUGACAUGAUCAUUGGGCUCAUACAUGAACAGAGAAAAAUUGAGAGGGGAACAGAAGAUAAAGAACAAGAGAGAAAAAGAGACAUCUACAGCACUAUUUCACUACGUUGGGAAACUUCAUCCUACAGGUAUAAGAAUGGCAACACAGCAGAACCUACCAGAAAAUACAGAUGACUGGACAAAAGAGGAUGUAAAUUGGUGGUUAAAAAGUCAAAAAAUUGACCAAACACACAGGGAAAUUUUGGCUGCACAAGAUGUGGAUGGAGCAGUUUUGAAGUGGUUAACUAAAAAAGACCUUCUUGAUAUGGGGAUAACACAUGGACCAGCUAUCCGAAUACAAAAUCUAUUCAAAGAAUUGCAGAAAAUACCCCCUGAAGACCCUACUCAGACACGUAAGAGAAGAAAAAGUGGUAAAAAUAUCCCUAAAAUACAGAUUUUGAUGCAAGAUGAAAAUGGAGAGACCUCAAAGCAAAAACAAAAAGAUAAAGAAAAAUUAGACACGACCAGUGUUUCCACAAUGAUUACAACUACUGAGGACUCUAAGUCACCCAUAGAACUGACAUGUAUACCAUAUCCUUUUGAUGAAUUCAGUAGUCCGUAUCGGUACAAAUUGAAUUUUAGUCUGCAGCCUGAAACAGGACCACUCAAUCUCAUUGAUCCCAUACAUGAAUUUAAAGCUUUCACCAACACAGAAACAGGCACAGAAAUGGAUGCUAAAAUGAAAUUUAGCAAUGAGGUUUUCCGAUUUGCUUCAGCUUGUAUGAAUUCACGUACCAAUGGGACCAUCCAUUUUGGAGUCCAAGACAAACCCCAUGGGAAAAUUGUGGGUGUGAAAUUAAUCAGCGUCACCAAGGAAGGCCUUAUUGACCACUUCAACCUUAUGAUCCAACAGUAUUUUGAACACCAUCAAGUCCAAAAAGCAAAGAAAUGCAUCAGAGAACCAAGAUUUGUAGAAGUGUUGCUGCCUAAUAGUACUCCAUCUGAAAGAUAUGUUAUUGAAGUAGAUGUCAUUCCAAAAUACUCUGAAUGUGAACGUGAUUAUUUCCAGAUUAAAAUGCAAAAUUAUGACAACAAAAUAUGGGAACAGAGUUCAAAAGUUUCAGUCUUUGUGCGAGAUGGUGCCAGUUCUAAGGACAUCAUAAAAAAGAACUCAGACUUCAAAGAAUUUAAAUUAGAUUUAAAAGUACUGGCAGAGUCUAGAAAAGAAGCAGAAGAAAAAUCCAGAAUAAAACCAAACAGAGGAGAAAAUGAAGGACCCAAACUUGUUAGAUUGUUGACAGGAAAUAAGGACUUGUUAGAUAAUUCAUAUUAUGACUCAUACAUUCUUGUGACAAAUAAAUGCGACUCAAAUCAAAUAAGCCACUUAGAUUUCCUAAAGGAAAUUCAGUGGUUUGCUGUGUUGGAGUUUGAUCCUGAAUCUGUGACCAAAGGAGUAGUCAAAGCUUAUAAAGAAAGUCGAAUAGCAAACCUUCACUUUCCAAGUCAAUAUGUGGAGGAAAAAACCACAACAAGUGAGAAGAUUUUGAGUCUGAAUCUUUAUCAUCAACCCAGCUGGAUUUUCUGCAAUGGUAGGUUAGAUCUUGACAGUGAUAAAUAUAAGCCCUUAGAUGCAAGUUCCUGGCAAAGAGAAAGAGCUUCUGAAGUCAGGAAAAUGAUUUCAUUUCUCACACGUGAGGACAUAAUGCCAAGAGGGAAGUUUUUGGUGGUAUUUCUCUUACUUUCCUCAGUGGAAGACCCAAGAGACCCUCUCGUUGAGACCUUCUGUGCUUUCUACCAAGAUCUCAAAGGAAUGGAAAAUAUAUUGUGUAUUUGUGUACACUCACAUAUAUUCCAGACAUGGAAAGAUCUACUUGAAGCAAGACUAGUGAAAAAGCAAGAUGAAUUAUCAAGCCAAUGUAUUUCUUCUCUAAGUCUUGGAGAGAUAAAUGGUACUAUUCUUAAGUUAAAAUCUAUGACUAAAUCUUCAAAGAGAUUUUUGCCGUCUAUUGGUGCAUCUACUGUCCUUCUGAAGAAGGAAGAAGAGAUCAUGACUGCUCUAGAAAUUCUCUGUGAAAAUGAAUGUGAAGGGACACUCUUAGAGAAAGACAAAGAGAAAUUACUUGAACUUAAAACAUCAAAAGAGGAAGACUUCUACCGAGGUGGUAAAGUGUCAUGGUGGAAUUUCUUCUUUUCUUCUGAAAACUAUUCUACACCUUUUGUCAAAAGGGAUGAAUAUGAAAGGCUUGAAUCAAUGAUUAAAAAUGGAGCAGAUUCUCCUAAACAAACAUGUGUUAAAAUUAUUCAUCUGUACCAUCAUCCAGGUUGUGGUGGGACUACCCUGGCUAUGCAUAUUCUCUGGGAACUCAGGAAGAAGUUCAGAUGUGCUGUGCUGAAAAACAAGACAGUGGAUUUCUCUGAAAUUGGAGAACAAGUGACUAAUUUAAUUACCUAUGGGGCAGCAAACACUCAGGAAUAUUUACCUGUACUUCUACUUGUUGAUGAUUUUGAAGAACAAGAUAACGUCUAUCUUUUGCAAGCAUCUAUUCACACAGCUGUAGCAAACAAGUACAUUCGAUAUGAGAAACCUUUAGUGAUCAUCUUAAAUUGCAUGAGAUCACAGAAUCCUGAAAAAUGUUCAAAGAUGCCAAACAGUAUUGCAUUAAUACAACAACUAACUCCCAAAGAACAGAGAGCUUUUGAGCGAAAAUUGAAAGAAAUUGAAAAGCAGCAUGAAAACUUUAAAGACUUUUAUUCCUUCAUGAUUAUGAAAACAAAUUUUGAUAAAAAGUACAUAGAAAAUGUGGUCAGGAAUAUCUUAAAAGGACAAAAUAUUUCCACCAAGGAAGCUCAGCUCUUUUCUUUCCUGGCUCUUCUUAACUCAUAUGUGCCUGAGACCACAAUUUCAUUAUCACAGUGUGAAAAUUUCCUAGGAAUCACAAACAAGAAGGCUUUCUGGGGAACAGAAAAAUUUGAAGAUAAGAUGGGCACUUACUCAACAAUUCUGAUAAAAACAGAGGUGGUGGAGUGUGGGACAUACUGUGGAGUUCGAAUUAUUCACCCAUUGAUAGCUAUUCGCUCACUAGAGGAAUUAAAUAUAAGCUAUCAUUUGAAUAAAAGUAAAAUUACACUGGAGAUGCUAAGAGAAAAUUUCUUUUAUGAUACUGGCCUAGGGAAAGAAAAAUUUUUCCAAGAUAUGCAAACACUGCUGCUCACAAGACAACGCAAUGAACAUGAAGGUGAAACAGAAACUUGGUUUUCCCCAUUUAUUGAAGCACUGCAUAAAGAUGAAGGGAAUGCAGCAGUUAAAGAUGUAUUACUUGCAGGUAUCCAUCGAUUCAAUCCAAAUGCUUUCCUUUGCCAAGCUUUAACAAGACAUUUCUACAUUAAAGAGAAAGACUUUAGCAAUGCUUUACAGUGGGCAAACCAAGCAAAAAAGAUAGAACCUAACAACUCUUACAUCUCAGAUACACUGGGUCAAGUAUACAAAAGUAAAAUAAGAUGGUGGAUAGAUGAUAAUGGAAGAAACAGAAACAUUUCGGUUGAUGAUCUUACUGAUCUUUUGGAGUUAGCAGUGAAUGCCUCAAAUGCAUUCAAAGAAUCACAACAGCAAAGCGAACACAAAGAGUAUGAGGCAAAGGAACGGUUUCAUCAAAAGUCAAAACGGCGGUAUGAUACUCACAACAUAGCUGGUUAUCAAGGGGAGAUAGAAGUUGGGCUCUACACAAUCCAAAUUCUCCAGCUCAUUCCUUUCUUUGACCAUAAAAAUGAACUAUAUAAAAGAGAUUUGAUCAAGUUUAUAUCAGGAAAUGGUGAUAUUCCUGGAGAACCAAACAAUGAAUAUAAAUUGGCUCUGAAGAAUUUUAUUUCUUAUCUAACCAACUUGCAGUCUUCUUUGAAAAAGUGCUUUGAUUUUUUUGACAAUUAUUUUGUCCUUUUCAAACCCAGGAAUAAUAUUAAGCAAAAUGAACAGGAUAAAACUAGGAGAAAGGUAGCUGGAUAUUUUAAAAAGUAUGCAGAUGUGUUUGGUCCCUUAGAAGAUUCUGGAUCAAAGCUCAGUUUGCCACUUCAAGUAGAAUUGUGUAGGAGAAGGCUAGAAGUUCUAAAAGCAGACAAGUUUUCUGGGCUCUUGGAAUAUCUUAUCAAAAGCCAAGAACAUGCUAUAAACACCAUGGAAGAUAUAGUGAACAAAUAUACUUUUCUCUUUGAACAAUGCUCUUCCAGAAUUCAGGCAAAAGAAAAACAAAAUUUCAUUUUGGCCAACAUUGUUCUUUACUGUAUUAAACCUACUUCCAAAUUGGUGAAGCCAGUUAAAAAUCUGAAAGAUCAACUUCGAGAAGUCUUGCAACAAAUAGGAACAACUCAUCGAUUUUCAGAACCAUAUUUUCUGGCUUCUCUCUUAUUCUGGCCAGAAAACCAACAACUAGAUCCAGAUUCUAGACAAAUGGAAAAGUAUGCUCAUUCAUUGGAAAUUUCUUUUAGGGGACAAUACAGACAUAUGUUUCGUACAAAACAACCUAUUGCAUACUUCUUCCUUGGGAAAGGUAGCAAAAUGAACAGACUUGUUCACAAAGGCAAAAUUGAUGAAUGCUUUGGUAAGAUACCUGAUAUUAAUUCUGUAUGGCAGAGUGGAGAAGUAUGGAAGGAGAAAAAAGUUCAAGAACUUUUGCUUCGUUUAAAGGGGCGAGCUGAAAAUAACUGUCUAUGUAUAGAAUAUGGAAUUAAUGAAAAAAUCACAAUACCCAUCACCCCUGUUUUCUUGGGUCAGCUUAGAAGUGGCAGGAGCAUAGAAAAAUGUUCUUUUUAUCUGGGAUUUUCUAUUGGAGGUCCACUUGCUUAUGACAUUAAGAUUAUUUAAGAGCCUAAUCUUCCCCCUCCAUGAAUGUGAUCUCAGUACCACCCAUUUUUUAGAUUCAGGACAUGGGUUUCAUAUUUAUAAAUUUACAAAUAUAUCCUAUGACUUUUAACUUCCAUGAAUAUAAUAUUGCUCUUUCUUCUUAAACAUCACAUGAGUCCUAAACAGACGAUAGUGAAUAACAAAGGGGUGAGAAAUGUAGAAUAGAUGAACUAUCAUUCUUGUCUUAAAUAGCAUAAUCAAGAACAAGAUUAGAAGGAACUGUGGAUGAAACUCAGAGGGGUAAAUGUAAUAUAUCAGCCCCACAGAACCCCACCACUUAUACCAAUUAUACAGUCAAGCUGUAGAUUGAGGUUAAAUGUGUGCUUUCUUAUCAAAUGUGAACAUUUGGAGGGGUAGUUGUGACUCUAAGACAUUAUAAUGUUCAAGAAGCCAUUUUAUAGAAGAAAGGCAAGAUUCUCUCAAACCGAUGAUCAACAUUUAUUCCUUCCAUGUAGACUGGAAAUGUCACUCAAGUGUUUCAAAGCAAAGGAUCAAUCAAUUUUUCAAAAAUCUAGAUGUUAGUAGAUCUUACAAAAGUAGGCUCAAAAAUUAGUCUGACAUUUGGAGGAAGUUGUGCAAAAGUAAAAUUCAUAUGUAUACCUAAUGAUAUGGCAGACUGCUCAACAAGCAAACAAAAUGGCGCUCAGACUCCAAGGCUACUGAAUGAAAAGUAUUCUAAUUACAAAACUGGUGAAUCCCUCAUCCCAAGGGAUCCCAACAUACUGUCAAGAUAAAUAUAGAAGUUAUGCACUGAAUAAUCAAAGCCAGUGAGAUGUGAUCAAAAAUGUAAUUUUCCAUAAUGGAAUUAUGGAUAAGAACAAUUUCAGUGGUUAUCAAAAUACUUUAUAACAACUGAAUCAGACUGUAUCCAUCCUUAUCUAUAUUAACAUUGCAGAGAAAGAAUCAGACACUAAAAGCUAGGAAGUGCAUACAUUACCCAUGAGAUAGUCUUUCCAAGUAAUCCAGAUGAAUCUCAUCAAUCCUCUAGAUUCUAUUUCUAAUUUAAAGAAAAAGAUAUUGGAUAUCCUGUAAUGUAAUUCCAUGUAUAAAGUGUAAGGAUGGUGAAGGGCAGUUUAUCUACAAGUUCCAACCUCAGUUAACAAUUGAUUCAUGAUUUAUACCUGGUAGUUCAUUAUAUUCUUCUCUUUUCUCUGGACACUGCUUUUGAAAGUUUCUGUUAUGUUAGGCCCAGUCCUUAACAAUACCAUAAGUCAGAAAUAAGUAUUGCUUUGGUUUAAAAAAAUCUGUAAUAAAAUCUGGUCAAACAAAAAAAUGCUGUUUUUUGUCCUUAUAAUUCCAUUUGAAUCCUUUCCCAGCGGGAGAGGCUUUUUUCUUCUGUUCUUACAUAAAUCUAAACUCUUGGUAUAAGAGAAAAGUCACAUGGCCAAACACAAUAUCAUUUUAAAAAAUGAAAAUGACCAACCACAUUUUUCUCAGGACCAUUUCCCACUCUGCCCCAGUUUUCAUUCUAGCUAUUUGUAGUGGAGUCCUCAUGCCAGCUGAUUCUUCUGAAUUCCAGUUAAUUCUGUUUAGGCAGAUAUACUGCUCUCACCCCCAUGACCUAUCUUGGCUGCACUUAAGAUGGUCAUAAAUGCUUAUUCUAUCAUAGAUGGAGAGAAAAACUCACUUUCAGUCUUGAAAACAACAUCCCACAUGGUCAGGAAGACACAGGUCAAGUCUUCC